CCAUGCGGUGUGCCCGCAUGAAUUGAACCUGAUUAUGACCGUCGUUAUUUGACUCAGCAAGGGCUGAAUUCGGUUCGGUGAAAACAGUGAACCUGAUCGGUUCGGUCCCGCUCAAACCAACCCGUCGGCAGCGGUACUGAUCCCUGGACGGUUCUAGAUGAUUCUUUGAGAUAGAGUGACGGAGAGCCCUCCGAUCAAAUCCGAUCCGACGACUGACGUUUGCCUUGGUGCACCAAUUGGACGAGAUCCGAGUCCCUGACACACAUAAGGCUCGUGUUCCCGUUCGCAUACCCUCUUCCUCCGUCUCUUAUCCCAUUCCUCGGAACCAGACCGAGAGGUUCCCAGGGGAAGGGAGAGGCGAAUCACCGGUGUGGCCGCUUCUGCCUCCGCCGGUUCAGGUCAGAAACCCUCCAUCUCGUUGUGAGACUACCUUCCCGGAACGGGCUUGAUGGCGUUUGGUGGAUUCUUAGCUCCGAGAUAUCCUCCCUACAAUGUCCAUGUUCUUGAGGCCUAUGUUUGAUGCUUCUCGUGGCGGCGACGGAAGAUUUCUGAGGGAACACAGGAGGUUGAAUUUGCCAUUAUUUUCUCCUUAGCUGCACAGGUCCAUGGCAAUUGUACCAUGUAGAGGUACUUAUGUGCCUCAGUUGGGGGUACAGCCUCAAGCAACACUUAGAAAUGCAUCUCCAGGAUCUUGGCCUUGUUGUAUUACUAAAUUGGUGCUGAUGCCUCAAAUUAGUACUUCAACAAGUAAGUAUCUGGCAUCAUCACAUGCAAGUUUCCUUGCCCCAGUGUCUUCAUCUGCUUUGUUUUAUAAUGGGCCACAUUUAAAUUCUAGGCGCAAUAGGGGAGCACGAUUCAUCGUUAGAGCUGAUCUAGAUUACUAUUCUGUCCUUGGUGUAUCAAGAAAUGCUAGUAAAUCUGAAAUAAAAAGUGCUUACAGGAAGCUUGCAAGGAGUUAUCAUCCUGAUGUGAACAAAGAACCUGGAGCAGAACAGAAAUUCAAGGAGAUCAGCAAUGUAUAUGAGGUCCUGUCAGAUGAUGAAAAGAGGUCAAUAUAUGAUAAGUACGGAGAAGCUGGCCUCAAAGGUGCUGGCAUGGGCACAGGGGAUUAUGGCAACCCAUUUGAUAUCUUUGAGUCAUUAUUUGAAGGCAUGGGAGGGAUGGGAGGAAUGGGUGGGAUGGGAGGAGCAAGAGCUGCUCGCAACAGGCCUAUGCAAGGUGAUGAUGAGAGCUACAAUCUUGUUCUAAAUUUCAAAGAUGCAAUUUUCGGUGUGGAGAAGGAGAUAGAGAUUACACGGCUAGAAAGGUGUGGAACUUGUGAUGGUUCUGGCGCCAAACCUGGCACGAUGCCAAGCAAGUGCAACACCUGUGGAGGUCAAGGUCAGGUUGUCUCUUCGGCAAGGACCCCUCUGGGUGUAUUCCAGCAAGUUAUGACUUGCUCAACUUGCGGCGGUACUGGUGAGUCCUCUACCCCAUGCAGCACCUGUGGAGGGGAUGGGUGUGUGAGGAAGACAAAGAGGAUAAGCCUGAAAGUUCCAGCCGGAGUCGACUCUGGUAGUCGGCUGAGGGUUCGGUCGGAAGGGAAUGCUGGAAGGCGGGGUGGCCCACCUGGCGACCUGUAUGUUUUCAUCGAAGUUCUAUCAGACCCUGUGCUGAAGAGGGAUGGAACCAACAUUCUCUACACAUGCAAGGUAUCAUAUAUCGAUGCAAUCUUAGGGACUACCAUGAAGGUUCCGACGGUGGAUGGAAAGGUGGACCUGAAGAUUCCUGGUGGGACGCAGCCAGGUACGACCCUAGUUAUGGCUAAGAAGGGGGUUCCAUAUCUUGGAAAGCCAAACAUGAGGGGAGACCAGCUGGUUCGUGUGCAGGUAGAGAUCCCAAAGAGGUUAAGUAGUGAAGAAAAGAAGCUGAUCGAGGAGCUUUCCAACCUCAGCAAGUUUAAGACGGCAAACAGCAGGAGACAGUAAAAAAAAAGAAAAACUAACUUCCCCAUUCAUCGGUGGCUGAGAUAUUCCAGCGUCCUAAAGAAGUGGAACAUUCAUGCAAGUCUUCAGGUGAUGGGGAGUGGUCCUUUUAAUGCUUACGAAUUUGGUUAAUCUAGAAAUGAUAAACUCAAGAAUUGAUGAAUGUGAGCAAUAUUGCCUGACGUAGGAUGAGAUAUUAACCAAUUUCAUAUGUUUGAGGAUGAUAUUUCAUACAUAAAUUUUGCAAGGAUUUCAUGGUAAAAGCAAGGAAACACUUUUUAACGGCAAAAAUUGUGCUGCACUGCAAUUUUUCUUAUUGAAGUUGAAUGAAUUUGUUAACUUAUCACAA